CCGCUUCAGCAUUAGCUUUAGCAUUAGCUUUAGCUCCAUCCGCAGUUUGUGGAUCUGUUUGUGUUUUUGUCCAGAUUCAGCCCGAACCAUGAGCCUCCAGAGCCGAAGGGGGAGGAGUCUCGCCUGUGACGUCACUGUGAUGUCACUGUGACGUCACAGGGGUACCGUGAUGUCAUAGCGUCAACAUGGAAUCGUGGACGCCGAACCCUCGAGCCAAACCAUUCAUCCCCCGAACGCAGCGCAGCCUCUACCUGAGCUGGAAGUACAAGCUCACGAACCGCAGGACACUCCGGAGGACAUGUCAGGCUGGGGCCGUCCUGUUCCUCGUUGUCACCGUCAUCGUCAACAUCAAACUCAUUUUAGACACGAGACGCGCCGCCAACGAAGACCAAGCCCCCGAGUACGAGGACCCGGGGGGCCCUCAGACUCCUCGCAGACCGGUCCAUGGGAGGAGAGUGCUGGACAUUGAGGUUUACUCCAGUCGCUCUAAAGUGUAUGUGGCAGUGGACGGCACCACGGUUCUGGAGGACGACAUGAGGGAGCAGGGCCGAGGGAUCCACGUCAUCGUCCUCAACCAGGCCUCGGGUCAUGUGAUGGCUAAGAGGAUCUUCGACACGUACUCUCCUCAUGAAGACGAGGCCAUGAUCCUGUUUCUGAACAUGGUGACCCGAGGAAGAGUGCUCAUCUUCACCAUCAAGGAUGAGGGGACGUUCCAUCUGAAGGACUCGGCUCGUGCUCUGUUGAAGUCUCUGGGCUCUGAGGCGUCUCUGGGGCUGAGCUGGAGGGACAUGUGGACGCUGGUGCUGCGGAAGGGAGGUCAGGUCUAUGGAGAGAAACACUCCAAGUCUCCAGCUCUGUCCACAUGGGGAGACCCGGUUCUGCUGAAGACCGAGGUCCAGCUCACGGCCUCAGAAGAGGCCGAGUGUCAGUGGGCCGACACGGAGCUGAACCGAAGGAGGAAAAUCUUCUGCUCCAAAGUCGAGGGCUAUGGAAGCAUCUGCAGCUGUAAAGACCCAGCUCCCAUAGAGUUUAACCCAGAGCCGCUGCAAAACAACAAAGUGUCCAAUAUCCCUGUGGCUGUGAUCGCAGGAAACAGACCUAACUACUUAUACAGGAUGCUCAGGUCUCUGCUGUCGGCUCACGGCGUCAACCCCCAAAUGAUCACGGUCUUUAUCGACGGAUACUACGAGGAGCCCAUGGACGUGGUGGAGCUGUUUGGACUGAAGGGAGUCCAGCACACACCAAUCAGCAUCAAGAACGCUCGUGUGUCACAGCAUUAUAAAGCCUCUCUGACGGCGAGCUUCAAUCUGCACCCGGAGGCGGAGUUCACCAUCGUACUGGAGGAGGACCUGGACGUCUCCAUCGACUUCUUCAGUUUCCUGAGUCAAACCAUCCACCUGCUGAACCAGGACGACAGUCUGUACUGUAUCUCAGCCUGGAACGACCAGGGUUACGAGCACACGGCCGAAGACCCCGCCCUCCUCUACAGGGUGGAGUCUAUGCCCGGACUGGGGUGGGUCCUGAAGAAGAGUCUGUACAAGGAGGAGCUGGAGGCAAAGUGGCCCACACCUGAGAAGCUGUGGGACUGGGACAUGUGGGUGCGGAUGCCGGAGCAGAGGAGGGGCCGGGAGUGUGUGAUUCCAGACGUGUCCAGAACUUAUCACUUUGGAAUCAUCGGCCUCAACAUGAACGGAUACUUCCACGAGGUGUACUUUAAGAAGCAUAAGUUAAACACUGUUCCCCUGGUGGAGCUCAGAGACGUGGACAGACUGAAGAAGGAGGCGUACGAGGAGGAGGUGCAGAGACUCCUGCGGCGGAGGUUCUGGAUCAUUCCAAAGAUCCAUGUGACGACUCGUUUGUUCCAGAUUCUGAGGGAAAAACCUUCGUCAUGUUCAUCAGGAUGGACACGGAGACGGACACGGGGACGUGGACGGAGCUCGCCAAGUGUCUUCACGUGUGGGACCUGGACGUUCGUGGGAAUCAUCUCGGGCUCUGGAGACUCUUCAGGAAAAAGAACCACAUCCUGGUGGUGGCCACGCCCCUGUCGCCCUACAGUUGGAGAAAACCAUCGUCUGUGAAGCCGAUUCACCUGGAGCCACCGCCCAAAGAAGAGCCAGCGGCCGUGGAGCAGAUGUAGCCCCUGCAGCUGUUCAGCCCCUGCAGCUGUUCAGAUCUUGCAGCUGUUCAGCCCCUGCAGCUGUUCAGACCUUGCAGCUGUUCAGCCCCUGCAGCUGUGGCUCACGUUUGAAAAGACAUUUGAUUUUUAACACUGGAAACACUCCUGGAGACCUUGCAGCUGUUCAGACCCUGCAGCUGAUCAGACCCUGCAGCUGUUCAGACAGGUCCACAGACACACUGACGCUCUGGAGUCACUUUUCUAUUAAAGACGGUCUCAAAAUUUCAAUCAGUGUCAACACUAAAGCAGAACUCGAGUCCUGACCGGGUUUAGACCCGAUUUAGUCCCAGUUUAGACAAGAGACUGUUUUUUAAAUGUUUUCAGAUGGAAAACCAGAAGCACAUUUAUUUAUUUUGUUUAGUUUGUGUUUUGUGUGCCAGGCGCAGACGUCCCUGAUGAAUUUUACGGUGACGUGUAAAACUGUUAAAACUUCUCUGAUCUAUUUUCUGACUGAAUCUUUCAGUUUGAGAUGA